AUUUAGUGGCCGGGUUUUAUAUCCACGGCCUUUGUUUGUUCGCCAGGAGAGCUCGUCCUCCGCCCCCCCGCCGGGAUUUCUCCUCUCCUCCACCCCCUCCGCGCGGAUCUCACAUUUCUCCCGAUCUAGCUUCUCAAUCAGCGCCGCGAGCGAGGGGAUCGAGCGAUGGAUUGCGCUCCCGGGGCGUCGCUGUCGGCGGCAAGGGUAGGUCUCAAUUUCCAGCACGGAGAUUUCCGGAGCGCAAGGCCCAGGUCUGGCUCCUCCAUCGCCUCGUCCUCCGGCCGCUCCGGCGCUCUCGUCGUCCAAUCCAAGAAGAAGGGGCCCGAGGAAUGGAGCUAUCCGUGGCCCAAGAAGAUCACCAAGGACAUGCAAAAGGAUGCGCUCAAUCUCCUGUGCCGAUACAAGCCCCUGCCGGUCAAGCCCAAGCCCGUGACGCUCCCGUUCGAGAAACCUAUCAUCGAUCUCGAAGCUAGAAUCGAAGAGGUGCGAGAUCUUGCCAAUAAGACUGGCGUGGAUUUUAGCGGCCAAAUCGAAGAGCUCGAGCAAAAAUACCACCAGGUCCGGCAAGAUCUUUACAAGAAUUUGACACCGGUCCAGCGAUUGAAUCUAGCACGUCAUCCGAACCGUCCUACAUUCUACGAUCAUGUUUUAAAUAUGACUGACAAGUGGCUGGAGCUUCACGGUGAUCGUGCUGGUCACGACGAUGCGGCUAUAGUUACAGGAAUCGGAAAGAUGGAAGGCAUGAGCUUUAUGUUUAUUGGACACCAGAAGGGACGGAACACCAAGGAGAACUUGUAUCGGAACUUCGCCAUGCCUCAACCUUGGGGAUACCGUAAGGCUUUGAGGAUGAUGAAGCAUGCAGCGCACCAUGGAUUUCCUAUUUUGACAUUUGUGGACACUCCAGGUGCUUAUGCCGGUCUUGAGGCCGAGGAAACUGGUCAAGGAGAGGCAAUUGCUAUGAACCUCAGAGAAAUGUUUGGCUUGAAGGUUCCAAUUAUAACAACCGUCAUUGGAGAAGGUGGCUCUGGUGGUGCACUAGCAAUUGGAUGUGGCAACAAGAUGCUUAUGAUGGAAAACUCCGUCUAUUACGUGGCCAGCCCUGAAGCGUGUGCUGCGAUUCUUUGGAAGUCCGCUGAAGCUGCGCCAAAGGCAGCAGAUGCUCUGAAAAUUACGCCAACCGACCUUAAGGAGCUUAAGAUUGUGGACGAAAUAAUUCCAGAGCCGCUUGGAGGCGCACAGUACGAUCCCGAAACCGCCUCGAAAAACAUAAAGAAAGUUUUGCUUAGACACAUGGAGGACCUGCUGAAGAUGGAUACUCAGUCCCUAUUGAAGCAACGCCACAACAAGUACCGCUCAAUCGGAGAGUUCGAGGAGUUUGCGAAUCUCGAUUCCUCCGAGAAGCGCAGCAUGAAACCCCGCGACGCGCCUGUCCCGGAGGAGCCGGCGGAGGAGCUCCUCCUCCCAGACGGCCUCUCCACGUCCAAGCCAGCGAAUGGAUUUCCAUCGUCUCUGCGAGUGGAUGGAGUCCCAGUGAGCAGCGUCGAGUAUGCGAGUGCAAAGGAAAGAGCGGUCUAAGUUAAGUUUUCUCCAUUCCAAGAUCACCAAGAACAGCAAGAAAGAAAAAAAGAGGAAGUUUUGGGACGAGCGAGCUCUCUACUAACAACCACGAGACGACAGAUCAGAAGAAAGAAUAUAGCGCGUAGGAUCACAGCUCCAAGAUGGUGUGUAAAACUAUCUAUACGUAUCAUUGGAAUAAUAAAAGAGUGAGGUUUCUUUUGAAA